UGCCCCCGGCCGCCAUGAUGGAGGCUCCCCUCCCAGGUUCUGACUCCGGGAGGAGAAGUCCCCCCGAGAGAUGUCCCCGUCCUCUGUAUUCCCAGGACUGUCCAGAGGAGAAGCUCCCAGAGAACCAUCAGGAUGAAAAUCUGAUGGAUAUUAAGGUUGAGGUUAAAGAUGAAGCAGAAAAGGAGACGGAUUUAUGGGGCGAUCAGCAGGAUGGACUCAUAGAAGGAAAUCCCCCCGAGAGAUGUCUCCAUGAGGUGGACAUUCCAGGAGAUGUGACCACAGAAAAUCCCAGUAAGACGUCUGAUGGGAACAUCAUGUUAUCACAGAAUUAUAUAGAAGACGAUGGAGCCAUCGUGCAGCGCUCUUCAGGAGAAAACCUAAUUACCUUGAUUGUAUAUCCGGGACUUAACGUUACAUAUCUUUCGUGUAAUCCGCCUAAUCACGAGGAACCUUCUCCUGACCAAUCACAGAUUGUUACCACAAGUCCAGAUCUAUCAUAUAAUCCUCCUAAUCAUAAGGAACCUUCUAUUGACCAAUCGCAGAUCGUUACCACAAGGCAGAAACGGGAUAAAAGGUUCCAGUGUGGAGAAUGUGAAAAACGGUUUACAAGCAGCUCAUGUCUUUCUAAACACAGAAGAAUUCACACAGGAGAGAAGCCAUAUUCAUGUUCGGUAUGUGGGAAACGUUUCACAAGGAAAUCAGAUCUUAUAAAACAUGAGAGAAUUCAUACAGGGGAGAAGCCAUAUUCAUGUUCAGAGUGUGAGAAAUGUUUCACAGAAAAAUCAAGCCUCCUUAUACAUCAAAGAAUACAUACAGGAGAAAAGCCGUACCCAUGUCCAGAAUGUGGAAAACGUUUUACAAAUACAUCACAUCUUAUUAAGCAUAAGAGAAUUCACACAGGAGAGAAGCUGUAUUCAUGUUCAGAAUGUGGGAAAUGUUUCACAGAAAAAUCAAGUGUCCUCAUACAUCAGCGCAUUCAUACAGGAGAGAAGCCGUAUUCAUGUUCAGAAUGUGGGAAAUGUUUUACAAGUAAAUCACAUCUUGUAAAGCAUGAGCGAAUUCACACAGGAGAGAAGCCGUAUUCGUGUUCAGUAUGUGGGAAGCGUUUUACAGAAACUUCAAGCCUUCUUAUACAUCAGAGAAUUCACACAGGUGUGAAGCCAUUUUCUUGUGCAGAAUGUGGAAAAUGUUUUACAAAUAAAUCACAUCUUAUAAAACAUAAGAAAAUUCACACAGGAGAGAGGCCGCAUUCAUGUUCAGAAUGUGGGAAAUGUUUUAUAGAAAAAGCCAAACUUCGUUAUCACCAGAGCAUUCACACAGGAGAGAAGCCGUAUCAGUGUGAGAAAUGCGGAAAACAGUUUACAAAAAGCUGUAAUCUAUAUACACACAGAAGAAUUCACACAGGAGAGAAGCCGUAUUCAUGUUCAACAUGUGGGAAAUGUUUUACAGGUAAAUCAGAUCUUCUUAGACAUGAGAGAAUUCACACUGGAGAGAAGCCGCAUUUAUGUUUAGAAUGUGGGAAAUGUUUUACAACUAGAUCAGAUCUUGUUAUACAUAGGAGAAUUCACACAGGAGAGAAGCCAUAUUCAUGUUCAGAGUGUGGGAAAUGCUUUACUGGCAAAUCAGGUCUUGUUAUACAUGAGAGAAUUCACACAGGAGAAAAGCCGUAUUCAUGUUCAGAAUGUAGGAAAUGUUUUACAAAUAAAUCAGAUAUUGUAAAACAUCAGAGAAUUCACACAAGAGAGAAGUUGUAUUCAUGUUCAGAAUGUGGGAAAUGUUUUACAACGAAAUCAGAUCUUGUUAUACAUGAGAGAAUUCACACAGGAGAGAAGCCAUAUUCAUGUUCAGAAUGUGGGAAAUGCUUUACAGGCAAAUCAAGUCUUGUUACACAUCACAGAAUCCACACAGGAGAGAAGCUUUACUCCUGUUCAGAAUGUAGAAAAUGUUUUACAAAAAAAUCUGAUCUUAUCAGACAUGAGAGAAUUCACACAGGGGAGAAGCCGUAUUCAUGUUCAGAAUGUGGGAAAUGUUUUACAAACAAAUCAAGUCUUGUUCUACAUCAGAGAUAUCACACAGGAGAGAUGCCACAUUCAUGUUCAGAUUGUGGGAAAGGUUUUCCAUAUAAAUCAGAGCUUUUACAACAUGAGAGAAUUCACACAGGAGAGAAGCCAUAUUCGUGUUCAGAAUGUGGGAAAGGCUUUACCAAGAAAUCACAUCUUAAUCAACAUAGUAGAAUUCACACAGGAGAGAAGCCAUAUUCAUGUUCAGAAUGUGGUAAAUGUUUCACAGAAAAAAAAAGUCUUUCUACACAUCAUAGACUUCACACAGGGGAGAAACCAUAUUUAUGUUCAGAAUGUGGGAAAGCUUUUACACACAAAUCAAGUCUUGUUCUACAUAAGAGAAUUCACAUAGAAGAGAAACCAUUUUGAUGUUUUGUGUAAAAAAAUAAAAUGUUUUUUGAGGAAAUCAAAAUUUGAAACUCGUCAGAGAAUUCACUCCGAGAAGAAACUGUUGAGAAUGUGGAAAUAUUAUAAGAGAAAAAUAGGAUUUUUAUUCACGAGAGCCUUCUUUACUGUCAGCGCACUGAUGAUGAAUUGUCCCUAUGAACCUUGCUUCUUCGUACAGUAUUCAUACCUCCACCCACACGGCAGGAGCAUUCAGAGGGACAUAGUGUAAGGGGAAGCACACCACAUGGAGAUUUUAUGUAACAUAUGUGGACAUAUCGAUAUUUUAUUUUCCUUCAUACAGUAUGUAUAGAUAAAGUGGUAGAACAGAGCAAAACAAUAAAAAUGAUAUGAUAUUUGCAGUAAUGCUAACCAUUAACCCCUUGGUGACCCAUGGAGUACUAGUACGUCAAGAUGAUCGGACAGGCACUGGAGCAGUGCGCUCGCAAUUAAUGCAAUGGCUUGGCAGUCACUGACAGCCGGGCCUCUGCUGUAUCUGCCGGCAUCGCUGUAAACAAUUGACCCUUUUGUAUAUAGGUCAGCCCUGACCGCGGCAUACACGGUCUUGCUGAGUGUUUCGGGUCCCUGCGCUGCAGUGACGGGGACCCGAUGGUUGAGAAGGCCUUCAACGGAGCCUAUGAGAUCCAGCCUUAUUAGGCUGGGUCUUCUAGGCAACUGUGAAGGCAGUGCUCACACACAAUGCAUUACUAUACAGGAUGUAUAGUAAUGCAUCGUAGAGGGGAUCAAACCCCAAAAAAUAAAAAGUUUUAAAAAAAAGUG